AUGGAAACAUUUGGGCAUACUGAAGCGAUCUAUCAUCGUGAUGAGAAUCAACACGUCCUGGAGGCGACCAUCCUGGCCAGUAUCCCAUUUGCUCAAUGGGACGAUGCUGUCAAGAAAGUGUUCAAAGAUGCUUCUGAGGAUCUUUUUCUCGUCAUCACCAAUUCUACGAUUUUCUAUGCCAAGGGCGGCGGUCAACCGAGCGAUACAGGCACCAUGACCUCCCGCGACCAAGCGUCAAUCUUCACCGUUACGUCUGUACAAAAGCUCCCAUCCGGAACGAUCAUGCAUCUUGGCACAUACACUGGUGUCCCUUUCGAGGAACAGACGCUCGUGACUCAGGAGAUAAAUAAGGAUGCGCGGAAGCUUCAUUCACAAAUCCAUGAUGCUGGUCACAUUCUCGCUUCGGCUGUUCGAAGACUGGGAAUACCGGAUUUGCGAGAGAUCAAAGCCCAGCACUACCCCGGCACUGCAUUUGUUGACUUCCAAGGGACCAUCCCGGGAGAUAAGAAGGAGGAGAUUGAGCGACUUGCGAAUCAGAUAGUCGAUGACGAUCGUUCAAUAAACGUUCACUGGUGGUCAAGAGAGGAGCUCAGAGCCAAGUCUUGGACAAUGCCAGAGGACUCUGAUGGUCAAGAUGGACUGGUAAGAGCUGUGGAGAUUGAUGGCGAGGGUGCUUAUAUGUGCGGCGGAACCCAUGUGAGAAGCACAGCCUUAGUAGGAAAGAUUAAAGUAAGGAAGGUGAAGAGGCAGCAAGGCACAACAAGAGUCUCUUAUGAGCUGAUCUGA